UACGUCGGAACGGCGGAGGUGGACGCCGGCGCGCCGGCGGGGGUGCAGGAGAUGCUGAACAGUAGGGCCGAGCAUUACAUUAGCGAAAUCGUCGCUGAGAAGGUGCUAUCAAAUGCAACUGCGUCUGGGCCUAAACGAAACUUGUGAUGCUGGGUUGUGAUGACUCAGCAUCCUCGUCUCGCAUGCCUUCUAGCAUAGCAAAUUUUUCUGUCGGCACUUUCUCAUGCGGAGCGCGCAUUACGACCUGCGGGGUUUGCAUGACGAAAGAGGUCGCGCUCAUGUCGGUCAUGCAAUACAGAUUUUCCGUUUCCACUUCCAGUCAUGCUAGCCGAGCAAUAGAGGUUGCUGGUUUUCCAGACCCAGGCACAUUUGCGGUUGAUAGGUGCAGGAGGCACUAAAGGAAUGUCAGGCGGAGCACCGGGAAGAGCUGGUUAUCAGAGUGACAGAGGGGGCAGCGUCAAAAACGAAAAAACUGUGUGAAUCGCACAAGUGAUACCACGCAGUUUUUGGACCGAGCAUUUCUAGAUGGCGCAUGACAAAUUUUUCUGAAAUACAAAAGCAAACGUUUCGACAUGCCGUUUGUUGGAAAGAUGUUGAUUGCUCUAGGCACUUUCGUUCCACAACCUUUUCGUUUUUAGUGCCAGCAGGCUUACUAUCGGCGUCGAAACUGGAAUUCUCUGCUGCGUGACAGGCGAGUCUCGUUUUGACGUUUCCUUACCUGAAGCUAGCAUAUUUGUGGCGCUUAACCAAAAAUUCGCGCAACUGCAAGAAUCGCAACACCAAAUCAAGCAUGAAGUGCAGACCGAGCUUACCGUCCAGAACACGACGAUUGAAAAGCUGAACGAGCGGCAGAAAAAAACGGACGUGGCAGUCGGGGAUUUGUUUAAGGUACGCAUACACUCGCCUGAGUUGUACAAAUUUGGCAUUGUUCUCCGAUCCUACAACUUGAAUGCUAGAUCUUAUUGAUGGAAGCUAGGUUUUUUUACCGGACUCGCACUUAUCACUGAAGACACGAAUGCAGUAUUCGCACAACAGGUCAAGGAAGAGUUUGAGAAGCAGAAACUGGUCGUGCUCAAACUGGACCGAGAAUCCCAGGUCGCUUUUGCCGUGAAAUCGUUUCGGAAGCUAUCCACUUGAUGCAACUUUCAGGAGAAGGAUUUUGCCCUAUUACUGACGGCUGGAUUUGUUCUGCGCAUGAUCUUUUUCACCUGCUAAAAGUCCUGGGGUGCUGCAGCUUUUUUUGCACUUUGUGCUCGAAGUGCCUGAAGCUAAUAAAUGCAUUAUUGAAGAUGUACUUCGACUAAUAAACUCAAACUCCCACAGUAAAAUUAGCCGGAACUUAUUUGUUCACUCGAAUGUUGGCUGGUGCCAUCAAAUAGCACCCGCGGGAAGUAGUUCCCUUUGUGGAAAGUUGUGUUUACCCUCCCAUACCCUCUGUUCAACGUGUACCCGGAGCCGUCGUUCCGGCGCGUUUCGAAAACCAAACACCUGCUGCAAUCCCUCACCACGCUGUUUGAGAACCAGAGCGGAUUUCUUUCCGCGGAGGAAUGGCGGCAGCUCAAGGACUAUCAAAUGUAAAAAUGUCUGGGUCUGGCAGAUUGGAACUUGUGAUGCUAAGUUUGGACUGUAGAAAAAUCUGUAUUGCAUGACCAGCAAGAGGAGUCUAGUUGAUGCUACGCGGGGAGAGCGUUUGUCAUGCGGAGUAGGCAUCAGGAAGCCCGCUCAAAAUCUGUGAUGCGCGGUCGUGCAUUACAGACAUCCUGGGUCAUGCAAAACAUGCAUGGCAAAUCUCAGAAUCUUCCAUACCCAGACACUUUUACAUUUGAUAAGGACGUGGUCGCGAAGGCCGAAUCCAAGGUGGACUCCACGUACGUCCAGCACUGCAAGGUGGCGAUUGACAGCUUCGCGGGGGGUGCCGCAAGCUUCACGGAGGGAGCCGCACCGUAGAAGGAAGGCACUUCGCUUUCUUCGAUGGAGAUGAAGAAGUAGGACAAGAAGCAAGUGCCAGUGUGCGGAGCAGGAAGUUUUUUGUUGAAGAUUCUUACAGUGAUUCUUAUACGUUGGCGUUUCCAAAUUUAUCUUUUACAUUGGUGUUGUUGUUGAUAGUUUUACAGAAUGAAAGAUCUUCAAGUACUAAGAACCUCACGACAAAUCAUUCUGGACAGUGUCAAUCUGGGCCAUUUCUUCUUAUGUCAAAAGCUACACAGUAUAAUUCCCUUUUCACAUCACCGUUUCGUCGAUUCCAACUUACUAGAUUUGCCGGUAGUGGCAGUGUAUUUUAAAUUGUUUUCACAGAAGCAGAAAAUUAUAGUUGCCCUUCAAUAAAUCGUUGUCGCUGUCCAACGAUUAUUAUCGCACGUCGUUGGAAAAAAAGUUUUAAGUGACGUAGUCUAGUAUAUAGCAAGACCACAGUUAUAGAGAGGUGCCCACCGCAGGCAAAAGCAAAUUCCACGAAGGUUAUUCAAACAUUGCUUUCUGGUUGUCACGUGCACGUCGGUUAUAUCUAUGUUUUACGAGAAAUAAAUGUACACUAUUAAAUGACCUACACCACUUUAGAGAAAAAACGAAAAAUCCUUUUAGAAAAGUCUCGUUGAUGCCGCACUGGGUCGAGAAGCUGCACAAGAAAAUUUUCGCAAGCGUGUAUCUAAUUCAUCGUGCUGCGGCGGAGAUUGAGUUUCGCUCGAGGUUGAAAGUGAGGCUCGGGUGAGCGAAGCUCGAUUUUUUUUCGGACCACCGGACGAGAUCAUUACUCGCGCUCGGGCAUCGAGCUGCAAUGAAUUGCUUCGAUUGUGCACUUCGCGUCAU